AUGAGCCAGUGUCGAGUUCGCCUAGACUCUCAGGUGAAGGCAUCCAUGGCGAACUUCGCGCAGCCCAUCGGCAAGAAAUCAGCACGCCGGUACCUUGCCAAUGGCUACGUCCGAGGCGAAACCGUUGGUGUCUUUUUCGUCCAACAAGCCCGUCAUGCUCGUCGAAUCUACUGCAAGGUGACACAUGUCAAGAUCAGUGCUGAUGGCUACAAAAGUGAAGGUUUUUCUUCGCUGGCCAAAGUAAUUUUGGCUAUGGAAACUGGAAUCAUUGCUGGAAACCUGCAUUUUAACCAGCCCAACCCCGACAUUCCAUCCUUGCACGAUGGUACCAUUGAAAUUGUGGGCAAGGCCACACCCUUCCCUGGUGGCCCACAAACAAUCCAUUGUAUCGAGAAGGAGGCACCCUACCCAGAUUCCGGAUACGCUCUUCUCAACAUGGUCGGACAGCGAAGUGCAGCGCAGUUUCCCUAUCGAGGCUACAUGCUGGUUCCCGUCGACGGCUGCGGCAAAGAAGUUAUUAAAGACAUGACGGAAACUCGGUCGAGGAAGCGGCCAGUGUGGUUUAUUUUUACUGGAGUGGGAUGUCAGUGGAAAGGCAUGGCCCAGCAGAUGAUGCAGUUUCACGUGUUCGCGCGCUCAAUCCAGCGGUCACACGAAAUUCUCAAGGAAGUCGGCAUGGACCUUAUAGAUGCGCUUAUUUCCACGAAUGAUGAUGGAGGCGUAGGUCCGCUAUACGGAUGCAUUGCCGCAGUUCAGGUCGCACUGGUGGAUGUACUCCGUGCUAUGGGAAUCAGGCCUGACGGAAUGGUUGGUCACUCUUUGGGAGAGGUCGGCUGUGCCUAUGCCGACGAAUGUCUCACAGCCCAACAGACUGUAUUGUGCGCCUACUGGCGAGGACGCUGCGUGGACACGGGCAACCUGCCUCCAGGAGCCAUGGCCGCCGUCGGUCUAACGUGGGAGGAGGCCACAAAACGGUGUCCAGACGGCGUGCAGCCCGCUUGUCACAACGCAGAGGAUUCUGUCACGGUGUCCGGGGCAGUGGAUGCAGUAGCCAAGUGGGUCGAAGAGCUAACAGCUGAAGGCGUGAUUGUGCGUGAGGUGAACAGCGCAGGUGUCGCCUUUCACAGCAAAUACAUGGAGAGCAUCAGACCAGCCUUCGUUGAGGCCAUGCAAAAGAUAAUUACGGAACCAAAGCGACGCAGCAAACGUUGGUUGAGCUCUUCACUACCACCACACCGCUGGCAAGAUCCUCUGGCCGAGAGGUUCACACCAGAGUAUCACGUAAACAAUAUUGCAUCGCCAGUGCUUUUCUUCGAAGCUCUGCAACACGUUCCCGAGGACGCCAUCUUGAUUGAGGUUGCACCGCACUGCCUUUUGCAGUCGGUGUUGAGACGCUCCGUUGGCACUGAAGCGGCUUGCCUUGGCUUGAUGAAGCGUGACGCGGACAACGUGGAUUUCUUCCUCAACUCCUUGGGCCAGCUGCAUUUGCUGGGCGUGAAGUUUGACCCAUCUCUGCUGUACCCACCGCUGCCCCUGCCUGUGCCACGUGGCACCCCGAACAUCGGGCAUCUCGUCAGCUGGGAUCAUUCCCAGCAGUGGGCGGUCGUCAAAUGGAACGAUUUCCCUACCUCCGACAAGCUCUCGGAGGAAGUCGUCGAGAUUGAUCUCGAUGAUCUCGAAGGAGAUGCGUACUUGGCUGGACAUCAACUUCAUGGACGCGUUGUGCUUCCGGCGACCGGCUGCAUAGUGAUGGCCUGGAAGUCCUUGGCAAAGCGCUUGGGGAAGCCAUUUGAAGAACUUUCGGUAGUACUAGAGGAUCUGGAAUUUCACCGUGUAGUCAUCCUGCCUAAGACGGGUUCCGUGCGGUUUCUUGUGAAUGUUAUGCGGGCGUCGGGAGAGUUUGAGAUCUCCGAGGGAGGCAUGGUGGUUGCAAGUGGCACCAUUCGUCCGGGUGAAGAGAACGAGACCAUCCUUGACCAGGAGCCAUUGAGUUCACCAACCGAGACGCUGACCUAUGAAGUCGAUGCCGAGGACAUCUACAAGGAGCUCCGACUACGUGGCUACGAGUACGAUGGUCCUUUCCUGGGCAUACUGAAGGCUGACAUACAGAGACCGUGCGGCAAAAUGCGGUGGAGCGGCAACUGGGUGGCAUUCAUUGAUUCCAUGCUCCAAAUAACCGUUCCUUUCAGUGCAAAGCGAGUCUUCAAGCUACCGGCGAGGAUUCAGUCAUGCUGCAUUGACCCCAAUGUCCAUGCAAAGUUCUUUGAGAAAGCCAAUGAAAGCGGUAUUGACGUUGUCUACGAUGACUACUUCAACAUGAUUCAAGCUGGAGGCAUAGCCGUGAAAGGCCUGAAGACAAGCACUCUAACAACGCGCACCAUAGAUCAUACACCGAUUGUAAACGAGUACCAUUUUGUGCCCUACGUGGACAGCGAUUCGGCUAAGCAGGGGAGACAAGCUCUCAUUCAAGAUUACGUGGAUCUCUGCACUGAUAUGGCUCGACGUUUACUGAAGAAGCUCAGCAAUGUGCUCGGACGUCCAGUACAAUGUGACCAUCUACCCAGAGAGACUUUCCAAAGCAUCCUCGAUAAUAACGUCGGAAACCAUGGCCUUCUUAAGGUCCUUACCGUCGUAGAAGAGCAAGCAGAAAAAUCCGCUUCGUCACUGGAAGAUCUACUGGAAUCAGUUGUGAGCACGUACAAAAAAGAACUUGAAACCGACAUCAUUACGACGGCACUCUUUGAAGAGGAACCUUUGAGGCACCUUCUUGACGUGGUCGUGGAGAACACUAGCCUGAAGUCUCUACAAGUCCUUGAAAUUGCAGCGCCAGGAACUCACUACAUUUUGGCACCCCGAAUUUUUUCAUUAUCAGUCAUGAGCAAUAUGCUCCUCAAGUUAGACUACACUAUUACUCAACAUCCUACGGAUAACCUGCUGCUAGAGAACUUCACUGAAUUCUCAAAAAUUGUAAAGUGGGAUCCAAUGUCCGAUACCAACGAGAAACUGCAUGAAGCUGACUUGACCGUGGCCUGCUUCGGUCCCUGGAGUACACACAGCCCAUAUAUUCUAGCUGACAAGCUCUCAAAGCUGUGCAAGGAACAAGGGUUCGCGCUUAUAUCACACCGUACUGCUGUGACUCCAGCUGAGAGAGUGAUAUCAGCAAUCGCAAAGCAUGAAUUUGCAGUCCACACCAUCGAGGGCAUGGAAAGGUUGUUGCAGUCUCAUGGUUUCCAGCUGGUGGGCCGUAAGUCAAACACUGUUUCUGCACUGCUCCUGCUUAGAAAGACGGCCGUGACCGUUGAAGCAGCUAAGCCGCUACUUGUCAGGGUGAACAAUGCAAAAUAUGACUGGGUCGAGGUGCUUAAGGCGAAGGCUUUAGAAGUGGAACAAAAGCCCCCCGGCCAUAACCUGUGGCUGCUCGCCGAAGACUGCGGCAUCAGUGGUGUGGUUGGCUUAACAAACUGCCUUCGGUUGGAGACUGGCGGAAGCCACAUUAGGUAG